AGUGUUUCCGCCGCGCUCGGCUCACACACAGGGCACCAUUUCCACCGCUGGUAAAAAAAAAAAAAGUAGGCAGGAUCUGCAAGCCAACGUCCACAUCCAAUUACUAAAUCGACGCUGGUGAUUCCCCAUUUGAAUUGGCUGGUAGAGAGUUUGCUUUACGGUUUGUAUUGUAGGUCCAAAAUGUCUGAACUCUUUAUGGAGUGUGAGGAAGAGGAGCUGGAGCCCUGGCAGAAAGCAGCUCCUGAGGUGUUGAUUCAGGAUGCCGACGAUGAUGACGAGCCCAUUUUUGUUGGAGUAGUUUCAAAAAAAGAAAAAGUGGUUCAAUCUGUCUUUCCACCUCCUCUCAAAAUCAAUGUGAAGAAGCAAGUGAUCAACACUGCGCCAUUUCCAGUUCCUGCCCCUGCUACAGUUCCUGCUCCUGCUCGAUCUCCUGCGCCAGCCCUCGCCUCCUCUUCUAUAAUGUUACCUCUGAAAAUAGCUGGAAAUGCCCUCAGUACUCCUACAGCCAGUUUCACGACACUGACUCCACAGCCCGUUAUUGUUAAUGAUCAGGGCUUCAUCGUAACCUCACAGUUAACCGGCAACAAAAACCUCAUAGCCACUCUUGGGAAUCAGUAUCCUCCUGGGACCAAAUUUGCCAUUGUACCAGCCACCCAGCCGCAGCAGCUUAUCCAGCGGGUCACCCCGGUAACUACUGCGAUACCCGGCGUUGUCCACCGGCCUCACGUGCAGCAGAUCCGAAACAACGUGGUGACGUUGGCUAACGUGCAGAACCCCACUGUUUAUACGGCCAAACCCCACCUGCUACAAGUCAGCCAGGCCACCACUCUGCAGACCAUUACCUUGCCUGUCCAAGCGAACAGCUUAAGCAAAGAGACAAUGAGACGGGUGUUGCCAGCUCAGCAAAUUGAAACGGUUGCAAAAAAAAUCAAAUUAGAUGUCGGCCAAGCAAACGUGAACAAACCAGUGGCAAAUGGUGACAUAAAGAAAAAAUGCCCCAAUUGUAAAGAAGAAUUUCUUCAGCAGGAGGCAUUGAAUCAUCAUAUGACUAGUUGCCAGUCUAAAGUGGAAGUUAGCGCUCCGCUAGCCGACAACGUUAUCACGCAUAAACGCAUCAUGCUGGUGUCCGAAUUCUACUACGGCAGAUUUGAGGGGGAUCCUCUCAACGAAUCUGUGCAGAAGAGCAGUAUCACUUUUAAGUGUCAAAGCUGCUUCAAAGUUCUCAAGAGCAACAUCAGGUUCAUGAACCACAUGAAGCACCACCUCGAGCUGGAGAAGCAGAACAACGAGUCAUGGGAGAGCCACACAACUUGCCAGCAUUGCUACCGUCAGUACAUGACUCCAUUCCAGCUGCAGUGCCACAUCGAGAGCGCGCACAGCCCCAUCGAGUCCUCCACAAAUUGCAAGAUAUGUGAGCUGGCGUUCGAGUCAGAGCAAGUGCUCUUGGAGCACAUGAAAGACAACCACAAGCCCGGGGAGAUGCCCUACGUCUGCCAGGUGUGCAAUUACAGGUCCUCCUUUUUUUCGGACUUGGAGACACAUUUCCGAAGUGUCCACGUGAACACAAAAGACCUGCUGUGUCCUUUUUGUCUCAGGAUUCUGAGAAAUAGCCAGAGUUACAUGCAUCACUUCAUGAAACAUCAGAAAAAAGGCAUCCAUCGCUGUGGAAAAUGUCGACUGAAUUUCCUCACCCACAAAGACCGAAUGGAGCACAGGACUCAAGUCCACAAGACUUUUAGAAAGCCUUCAGUUCUGGAGGGCCUGCCCGCUGGCACAAAGGUGACUAUUCGAGCUUCCCUGAGUGGCAAAAUGGUCGCCAUGGCAAAUUCAGCGGAUCGAUCCUCUUUUAUUUUAUCGUCCGAAACGUUAAGCAGCAGUCCAAAAACCAAACCUCAUGUCGGUUUGGUCAAGACCAAACGAAUCACUUACGAAGCUGGAAAAAUCAGGACAAUUCAGAAGAGAAAAGAGAAUGCCACUAUCAAUUGCUCAUUUCCAAAUUUCAGUACAAAUGGAAGUUGCCACACCUGCAUCGAGUGCAACAACAAAAUCGACGACUUCUCUUCCCACUUCCUGUUGUCGUCUGAUUGUGGCGCGUGCAAUUACCGGACAAGUUGCAAAGUUGCCAUUGGAAAUCACAUGAUAAGAUUUCAUAGCACAAUCAACAAGAGCAGGUUUUCCAAAGUUGAUCAAAGGAAACACUCAUCUGCCGUAAAAUUAACGCUGGUGUGUCUCAACUGCGACAUCCUGGUGGAUGCAUCAGGCGGUGAUGUGAUGAGCAAGCAUUUAAAUGACAGACCAAAUCAUGUAUGCAAAGUCAUUGAGGAGAAAGUCGUCCAAGGCGAAGCUGGAGUCCAGGACUACAGUGAUACCGUCCGACUGAAAAGGAAGGAGCUACUCACCAAGCUGAAGGAAACUCGACCAGGGGGGAAUAUUAUCUGCCUGAGACAGGACAAACUGUUAAUCCAAAACCAAAGCAACACAGAAGCGUCAGAUGACUCUUCGAAGGUAUUGGUCGCUGAAAUCGGCAGCCUUCACAACUAUUCUAUACCUGGAAAUAAGGCUGGUGUCAUUACUGGAACGUCACUAAAAAUAAUUCCAAUCCCCGUUUUGAAAUCCUCACAGACAGAAACAACCUCAGAACCUGUACAAAUCAAGAAGAUAGAACACUUACCUAACACGAGUGUCGAACAACUUCAAUCUUUGCCCGUGUCGCCAGCAGUUGCUGAAGAUUCUGUCAGCGGAAACGUGACACAGUUUGUCUCUUCAACUGCUGAAGAUUCUCCGAGCGAAAACGUCAUGGAGAACUGUUUCCCUGAUUCGAUCCCUGAUUGAGCAACAAACGGCGGAACGAACAAUGCCAAUCACUAUGAACGUUUUUCAUAUUUCUAAAACCUUUCAGGUGCUGCCCAUAGAAAAUUAUUUCAGUCUUUGUCAUCUAUUUAAACAUAAAUCACUCAAAACGUCCAGCCAUGUAUGAUAGGAAAUGAAAAUGGAUGCGGUUAACCUCUUAUGGGUACAUUUGGAAAUAUCAUUAGUUCUCGUUCUUAAGCUGCACGAUGAUCCAUCCGGCGCACCGUUUUGUGUACAGAACAGCUAUAUUAAAUAUGUAAAUAUCUUUACUACAAUACUUUGGAUGUCAUGUACCAUGAUGGGCCAUUUGUUUUAUUUUGAUUGCAUUUGACCUGAAAAACAUAAAAAAUAAAUGUCUUUAAAAUAGGCCACAAGAA